GACUCCACCUCUGAUUGGCAAUGUUCCCAGCCCUUCCUUGGUUGCCUGGCAACAGCUCUGUGUCUCUGACUGAGGAUACACUAUGGCAGGUGGCAGUCCAGCAGCCAAGAGGGUAGUGGUGUACCGGAAUGGAGACCCUUUCUUCCCAGGCUCCCAGCUGGUGGUGAGUCAACGCCGCUUCCCCACCAUGGAGGCUUUCCUCCGUGAGGUGACAUCAGCUGUGCAGGCCCCACUGGCUGUGCGUGCCCUCUACACACCUUGUCAUGGCCACCCUGUCACCAACCUGGCAGACUUGAAGAACAGAGGGCAGUAUGUGGCCGCUGGAUUUGAACGAUUCUACAAGCUCCACUAUUUACCUCAUGGAGGGAAAGAUCCAGGUGGGAAGAGCUGCAGACUACAAGGUCCUCCCGUGACUCGCCACUUGUGUGAUGGGGCCGUUGGACGGUGGCUGCCUGCAGGUGCUCCCUGCUACAUUCAUGUGUUCAGGAAUGGGGACCUGGUAAGUCCCCCAUUUAGUCUGAAGCUGUCCCAGGCUGCCAGCCAGGACUGGGAAACUGUGUUGAAGCUCCUGACUGAGAAGGUCAAGUUGCAGAGUGGGGCUGUGUGCAAACUCUGCACCCUGGAGGGGCUCCCACUGUCAGCAGGGGAGGAGCUGGUAACUGGCCAUUACUAUGUGGCUGUCGGAGAGGAUGAGUUCAAGGACCUUCCCUAUCUGGAGCUGCUGGUGCCCCGCCCCUCCCUGCCCAAGGGCUGCUGGUAUGUAUGUGGGAGGUGGAGGGGUAACAGGCCAGGCAGAGGAAGCCACCCUCUGGGUCUGUGUGCUCUGACUCUAUGCCCUCUACCCACUACAAGCCUUUCCUUUUGUCAUUGUAGGCAUCCUCCAGGCUCAAAGUCUAGGUCCCACAUGCAGGGGGCCCAAGGCCACAGGGCCCAGGUAACCCAGCCCUCUCCAAAGGAACCAGACGGAAUUAAGCCAUCCACUUUCUAUGCCAGACCCCAGCAGACCAUUCAGCCAAGAAGCAAGCUGCCCACACUCUCAUUCCCAUCAGGAGUUACGGGAGUGUAUGGAGCUCCCCACCCAAGGAAGGAGACCGGGGGCGCCCAGGAAGUAGCAGAUGAUGAAGACACCCAGACAGAGGAGCCCUUGGAUCAGGUAAGCUGUUGGAUCAGGGAACAGUAUGUUGGGAUGGGAGGAGCUCUGAGCUGGAAACUGGCAGCCCUGGGCCCCAGGAACAGUUCUCCCUUGUGACUGAAGGUAAAUGAUCUCCUAACUUCCUACCUUGUUACAUGAGGAAGCAGUUCCUAAUUUCCAGUUUCUUCCUUCUUUGGGGUCGGGGACCUCAUGGCUGAGAGCUAGAGGCUGGCCAUACUCACGGCUCCAUUCUGUGUAGCCUUCCACCUCCUCCAGAGGGCAGCACAGAUAGAGGAAGAGGCCCUGUCCCUAGAAAACCAGCCUGGGGCUGUGGCUGCUCUCAGCCUCAGCGCCAGCUCUGCCAUCUUGAGAGCCAGCAGCUCCAGAGGGGAACUGGGGACCACCACUCUGGCCACCUUUUGUACUCGGCCUCCAGCAGCUUGUUCCUCAGGAGCCAGCACCUCCCCUGGGCUCACAGGGUACACGGCGGCCUCCUCAGCCCUCCCCGUUCUCCUGCUCCUAAACCCACAGCCCAGCCUUCCCUU